AUGUUUGCACAUAGCGCCACUUACGCCGCACCAUCGGAAGUCACUUCAAACGCACCAGCCUGCGCAUUCUACGCAGGAACAGCAUACAUACGGUAAGUCAUUGGCCGUAAGUCGUUUGUCGGCGUUUCCAAAUCACGCAUGUGUAGGCGGAGGGUAGCAUGGCUACGACUGCAUGUUCGUCCCGGAGGCGGAAUGGAAAGGUUAUCGUGAUUAUGACCACAAACUUAGCUAACCGCUAGUAGUCCAAAUUAGGUGGGCUGCAUCAGAUUAUGUUAAAGGUCCACUAGUAGAUAGCAUAUAAGGCAGUCUGCCUACAUGACAGAUUUCUCAUCAACUGUCAAAUGAGUAAAUUCCCUCACUUUACCGUCCAUUUUAGUCUCAACAGAUGAAUGUCAUCGGAUAUAAGUGGGUUUAUAUCGAAGUUCUGAAUACAAAAACUAGUCAUUUCGGCGUAAUGCAGGCGUGCUGGUGAGGGUACCGGAGUGUGCAUCUCCUCACACGGCAACUCGGCUCCACUCGCGCCGUCGGACGUCGGAAUAAUCACCGCCCCGGCACCCCCGCGACGAGGCUUCGUCUGUAACCUCGUUGGAGGGCACGAGGAAAGUGACUCCCCAGGUAAAGGGAAUAUUGUUCUGUUGUCUGUGAUUACUGCUAGUUCUCGCUUGCUUCCCUCUGUCUCCUUGUCUGUUCCUGUCCUUGUUGUAAGCUAAAUACCGUUCUGUUGAAUAUUUCUGCACACUGUUUAUAUGUCAGCAACCAGUUAGCUUACCGCAGUCGUCGCCUUGCGCAGCAGCGGUUGCAAGAGAUACAGGAGGCUCGGACAGCUCGGAAGACCGAGGAGAUUCAAGCAUACGCGGACCCCAACGAACCAAAGUACAUCUACGCCGCGAUCAAGACUGCCUACGGUCCCACAGCCAGAGGUACCACUCCCCUUCUCAGCGCCGACAGAACAAUCCUAUUUAUCGGGAAGACACAAAGUCCACAGCGAUGGGCCGAUCACUUCCGAGGCGUCGUCAACCGCCCCUACACCGUCUCUGACGCCGUCAUCGCCCGUCUGCUCCAAGAGGAGACCAACGCCGAUAUUGACCUUGCGUCCUCUCUACAGGAAACCAUCAAGGCCGUGUAA